CCACAUAACUUAAGCCAUACUGUAAUAGGGCGUUUGCUUUAAAAGUGAAUUUCAUCAUGACAUAUUUUUAAUAAAAUUAUUAUUUCACAAGAGCCAAGCUACUAGCCUACUUCUACUGUUUGUGCAAGCCAAUGAGAAGGAAUAACAACUUACUCAACAGUCUCAACCUAACCUUCUCUUCUCGACAUUCUUUUUUCUCAUUUAAACUGACAACCACCGAACCUACUUCUCUAACUGUACCAUGGGCUGCAGCUUGAACAAACAGGCUAGGAGAAAAAAGCCAUGCAGACAGACUUUUGUAAGAGCUUUAACAGAAAAGAUCAUACUCUUGGAAGAGGAUAUGAGUGAAAUAAGAAGGAAAAGAGGAAAGGAAAGUGAAGUUCAUGAGCAACAAGUUAGAGCAUUUGAAGCGAAGCAAACUGGAUGGGUAUAUGAGAGAAAAAGAUUGAGAGAAGAAAUUAAGCAGUUGAAAAAAGAGUCGGAAGAAAAAGAUAGAAGAAUUCAAAGGUUAAUCCAGAACAAUAGCAUCAACUAUGAUCAGCAUAAUAUUACCAUUGAUGAAGAAAAUUAUAAAGGAAAGGACUGGCAGCAUGUGGGAGCUAGUUACAACUACCUGAUGAUGAUGGAGAACAUGAGGGAAGAACAAUUACGUCGGGAAGAGGCUAUCGAGAAAUGGAAACGACUUUACCUUGCUAUCAAGACGGAACUCGACGACCUCAUUGAGAGAACCUGCCGAGGGGGGAGAGGAUACUGGAGAGUAGAAGAUGAGACAACGGAAGAACUCCAAAGGGAAGUGAAGGCUAAGGAAGAAACAAUCGCAGUAUUAAAAGCACGAUUAGCUGCCAGGGAAGAAGAGGGAAGAAAAAUGAAGACAGAAGUUGAUAUACUCAGGCAAAGCUCAAGAAUAAUGAGCCAUGCAAAAAGAACUAAAUACGUCAUGAGACCUAUUUCUCGACGCUUGCACUUCUGAAAAUAACAAUAUCAAAAGUCACCCUACAAAUGCCUAAGUACUUGGAAAUGGAUAGUGUAUCGAUGUGCUUGAAAUCGAAAUGUUGUAUCCACAGAGCAGAUGUUUGAUGAUAUUGAUGUGUGAUAUCAAUGUAUUUGAAAUCAUUCCAUGUGUAAAUUAUUUAAUACACAUAAUUUUUAUCGAGUCAA